AUGCUUUUGAUUUUGCUCGUAUUAUUAUUAAGACUCCCCUGUUUUGCCUAACUCAUCCUCACACCAAAUACUCUGUUUUUCCCAUGUCUUCACCUACACUUCCCUUUCUUUGCACUCAAAGCAAGCCCCUUUCAAAUCACUUCUACUAAAUCCAAAACCCAUCUUCCCUUUCCUCCAAUUCCUCCGAAUUCAAUCCCAACAAAACCCGAACAUGUCGUUGCAACAACAGCCAGUUAUGGUUUACCCAAACCCUGUCACCAAUCAGCCUUCUUCCCACUCAAAAGAGUCAUUUGGGGCAGUUUUCAUUGUUCUUGCUGUGAUUGUCGUCGUGUCAGCCAUCGCUUGCUUCCUUGGGAGGUUCUGCAGCAAGCGCUACCACCAUGCAGCGAAGCCUAAGCAGAGCCACAUGGCGGCGAAGCCCAAAGAGAGGGAACAGGGGAGGCAGCAGCAUGGACAUAAUUUUCAUGGGAGAGAUGGGGAUAUUGAGUUUGGAUUUGAUAAGGGAAUUCCAAGUGGCAAACAGUUUGGGAAUGGUGAAGCUAAGGUGGGUAGACAGGGUGGGAAUGGUGAGAUCAAAGGUCAGGUGAGGUUUGCUGAUGAAGGAGAGCUUAGAGGUGGUGACUACAAUAUGGCAUGAGCAAGUUCUUGAUACUUUUCUAUCAAAGAUUUGUAAUCUUGUUUUUGAAAAAAGUUUAGGAAUACGUAAACUGAUCACAUAAUCAGGACAAUUCUUUCAUACGAUGUGGAUCUUACCUUUUUGUGGGUCAUACACUCGUAUGAAAGAGUUGUGUUUAGUUCUGCGAUUAGUUUAUGUGGAAGUAGGACUGUUUGUUUUUCUCCUUUACUCUUUUGGUUACAUUGGAAUACUUGAUAUGUAUGAGUUGCAAAUUGUACAAUUUUCUUUGCUGUAGGGGAUAAUGAGAAGGAAAAAUGCUAUUUAUUAUGAA